GAAGGAGGCUUUCUGACCCGGGAUGGAGGCGACCGAGGAGCUGCUUUUGGGGAGGGGGAGACUGCAGUUAGCCCCCGACCCACGCCUGGGCCCGGACUCGGGAUGGAGCCCUCCCAGCGAAGGCUGUGCCCCGGGACUCAAAGACGUCCCGCCAGGACCGACCCGAGCCAUCCUCGCUCUGAAGAGCCUCCCCCGGGGCUUGGCCCUUGGCCCCUCACUCACCGCGGAACAGCGCUUGGGGGUCUGGUGUGUCGGCGAGCCCUUGCCGCCGGGACUGCUCUGGGGGCCGCUGGAAGAGGAGUCUGUCUCCGAGCAGAAGGCAAAUGGAGUGGAACCAAAGCGGAAGGAGGACGAGUCACUAGGCUCAUGGGGAGACGUGUGUGCUUGUGAGCAGAGUGCAGGCUGGACUAGUUUGGUGCAGCGGGGCAGGCUGGAGAGCGAGGGGAACGUGGCCCCAGUGCGGAUCGGCGAGAGGCUGCACCUGCAGGUGUCCCGGCUCGUGCCGCCAGGCUUUGAGCUGCGGCUGUGGCCCCAGCUUCUCUCCGAGGCCCCGAGCCCCACUCAGCCCAGGCUAGAGGAAGCGGCAUCCGCGGCGGCAGAAGUGGAGUCUGCCGUGCGACAGGAAGCGGCCUCCCCCGGGGAGGAUACAGCAGAAGCUUGCCCAGAUCCUGGUCACCAGUCACCCCCCAGCAUCCAAGCAGAGAGUGUGGUGAGCCCUGGACUUACACCCCAGACCCAGGCCCUGGUUCCUGAGGAGAGCCAGCCACUCGGCCUGCUGCCUGCAGAUGGCAGCAUGGACGAGGAGGACCUGCUGCAGACCCAGAUGCCACCUGAGCCUCAGAGCAGUUCUGCUCCCCAGCAGGGCCCUGCGAGGGGUGAGGCCAGUUCCUUCUCUUCUGACAGGGCCCCCCAGCUGUGUGCUCACCUGGUCAAGAAGUUGCGGAGCCCCAGCGGUCAGUGCCCACCCAGAGCAAAGACCUCAGAGCCCGGGGCCCAGGCGACUGGAGAGCCGCAGCGCCCUGGCUUCCCCGCACGCCUGCGGAGCCCCCCUGGCCCAGCGGGAGGUUCCCCGAAACAGGGCCGACGGUACCGCUGUGGGGAGUGUGGCAAGGCCUUCCUGCAGCUCUGCCACCUGAAGAAGCACGCGUUCGUGCAUACGGGCCACAAGCCCUUCCUUUGCACCGAGUGCGGCAAGAGCUACAGCUCAGAGGAGAGCUUCAAAGCCCACAUGCUGGGCCACCGCGGGGUGCGGCCCUUCCCCUGCCCACAGUGCGACAAGGCCUACGGCACCCGGCGAGACCUCAGAGAGCACCAGGUGGUCCAUUCCGGCGCUCGGCCCUUCAGCUGCGAGCAGUGUGGCAAGGCCUUCGCCCGCCGGCCCUCCCUGCGGCUGCACCGCAAGACGCACCAGGUGGCGGCGGCCCCCGCCCCGUGCCCCUGCCCCGUGUGCGGGCGGCCCCUGGCCAGCCAGGGCUCACUGCGGAACCACAUGCGGCUGCACACGGGGGAGAAGCCCUUCCCGUGCCCACACUGCGGCCGUGCCUUCCGCCAGCGGGGCAGCCUGCGCGGGCACCUACGGCUGCACACGGGGGAGCGCCCGUACCGCUGCCCGCACUGUGCCGACGCCUUCCCGCAGCGGCCCGAGCUGCGGCGCCACCUCAUCUCCCACACGGGCGAGGCCCACCUGUGCCCCGUGUGCGGGAAGGCACUCCGGGACCCUCACACGCUGCGCGCCCACGAGCGCCUGCACUCGGGGGAGAGGCCCUUCCCCUGCCCGCAGUGCGGCCGGGCGUACACACUGGCCACCAAGCUGCGGCGCCACCUCAAAUCCCACCUGGCCGACAAGCCCCACCGCUGCCCCACCUGCGGCAUGGGCUACGUGCUCCUGCAGAGCCUCAGGCGGCACCAGCUCAGCCACCAGGCCCGGGCUCCCGCCAGCCCACCCUGCGUGCCGCCCACUGCUCCCGAGCCCACCGUGGUGCUCCUGCAGGACGCAGGCAGCGAAGGGGAUGGCGCCCCGGCCGGGGACUUCUUCGAGGUCACCAUUUCCCAGGGCCAGGAGAAGUGCUUUGUGGCGCCUGAGGAGCCAGGCCCUGCCCCCGGCCUGGUGCUCAUCCACAAGGACCUGGCCAUCAGCGCCUGGGCGGAGGUGGUGGAGGUGGAGACAGGCAGCUGACAGCCUCGCCUUACCCCACAGAGCUCUGAGAGAGGCUUGGGUGUCUGAGCGGGGUGAGCUUCCUCUCCAGGCUCCUGAUAGAGACCAGUCUGUGAGAAGCAGGUCAGGGACUUCCCUUGCCGUUUCCAGACAACCACAUUGUUCCCCAAGACCCUUAGUAAGGUAAACCACUGAUGGGUGGUCUAUGAAAUUUUCCUGUCAGCCUACAGGGGAGCUUGUUCUGUCUGCCUCCCUGGGAACUCCUCGAGGUGCCUGUUUGAUCACCGUGGAGGUGGCCCUGUGCGGGCACUUAGUACCAGGUUCUGUCUCUCCUACCCAGCUCCCUGAGGGACGUGUACUUCUUUUUGGUCCUAAACAGGAUGACUCAGGGUUAAAAGGCCAGAGAGACUCAGCUCACCGCUCACAAGUCUCUGGGUCAGACUGAAGAUUAUUUUGGCAGCUUAUCUCCCCACCUAAGGGCUGUGAGGGUGGCUUCUGUUCUGUGCUGAGCUCACCAGACUCACCUUCUGCACCUUCUGUGCGUCUGGCCAAAGGCAACCCUGUGGAGGGAAAGAGCAAAGAACGAACGUGUGUGUUGGGUCAACACAGUGGGCCUGGCCUGCCUGAGUUGCUGGGGACACGGCUGUGAAUGAGGCAGAGGCGGUGCGCUUUGCAAGCGCAGGUCUGCAGGAACGAAGAGCACUGGGGGAGAGUUCAGGGGCCAGUGCUUCCCGUGCUGUGAGCCUGUUGGAUGGGGUGGGUCAGCUUGGCCUCAGGGAGGGCGCCCCCAGGAGAUGAUAAUAAACAUCCUUU